AUGUAUCAGAAUAGAGAAGAAGAAAACACCGGUUUUACAUACGUUCUCUCCAAUGACGAAACCAUGCCUUUUCGGGGAAAGAAGAGUAACGACAAUCAAAUUAAGUCUUUUCGACCCCUUGCUAUUGUCGUUGUCAUCACGGUUGGAUAUGUGCUUCUAGGAGCGCUAUACAUCCGUCUUCAAAUUCAGUACUUGCACUUAGAGUCUGAUGCUCGCAUCUGGAGACCUGAGCUGUUCCCUUAUACCGUCAUUAGAGUCUCCGAAGAGGACUUACAAUACUACAACGUCACGUCUUUACCGUUAGCUGACGGCUCCGGUUUCGCAUCACAAAUCUUCAUGGCUCACGAAUUACACUGCCUUAAGAAGAUCAGACAAUGGAUAUACAAAGAGACUUACUUUGAGGAUGUGCAAGGACUUGCUCGUAGCGAAUUAGAGCGACACGUCAAUCACUGCAUCGAAACCUUGCGACAGGGCAUCAUGUGCAGAGGUGACGUGUCGCUCGGUACCUACACAUAUCUCUCUGGAGGAAAUGAUGUGACGGCGCGAAGUUGGGCGUCGCACCGAUGUGUGGAUUUCGAUGCACUCAUGGAAUGGACUAGAUCUCGCGCUAUCGACAUAUUUGCAGACGGAAUCCUGGUGAAGCCUGAAGAUGUUGGCCCGGAGCACAUCACGGAAAGAACAGAGCCACAUGCAUAG